AUGGUAGUUAAUAUUUCUGAUUCCGAGUCGACAGUGACCGCACCUGACGACAGACCAUUAAUUAGCAACUCUUCUACGGACACUGCACCUACUUUAAGAGCUUAUAGUUCUGAUAGACAGGAAGACGUUAAUCCUGGUGGAACCAAGCAUACCAGUCACGAAGAUCCCAUCCUUGAAAUUCCCAUUAGUGAUGAUCCUUUAAAUAUUUUUCGACGACAAAUUGUUAUAAAAAUCACGUCUACUUCAACUAAUACAAAACCUACUGUUAGCAAGCCUUUUGAAGGAUAUUCGAAAGUUUCUGUAACUAUAAACGAGGCUAACCUAGAAGAAUCAGUAAUCAGCUUAAUUAAAAAAUACGCAGAUCCAAAAAUUCGCACAGGCAUAUUAGUUCAACCUUUAAAACAUAUGUAUGACGUUGUUCCUAUAGUGCAAAAUACAUUUAAAAGUGCAGCCAUGAAACUUGUUCUUGUAAAGCGACAAAUUGAGAAUAUAUCCGACUAUCUAAAUCAACAAGACACAAUUCGAAAGUAUCACGAAGCUCCACAUACACCAAACGAAAACGGUAUGAUUGAACGCUUUCAUAGUACCCUUCUAGAACAUUUAAGAAUAUUAAAACUUGUUCACAAAAAUGAACCGACUUCAAACCUUAUACCAUACGCGAUUUUAGCAUAUAAUAGUUCUAUUCAUAGUUUAACAAAAUGUAGACCUUUUGACAUCAUAACGGGACAUUAUGAUCCUAGAGAUCCCACGGACUUAAAUUUAUCGGAAAGACUUAUGCAACAAUAUAUGCAGAACCAUAAAAGUAACAUGCAGACAAUUUACAAUAUAAUACAUGACUCAUCAUUCGCGGAACGUGAAGCUAUCACUUUACGACAUAAUUCUCACAGAGAACCUGAGACAGACUAUGCACCUGACCAAACGGUUUACAUAAAUAAUCCUAUGACUUCUCGACGUAAAGUAGCUCCACGAUACUUAGCUGAUAAAGUGGUAUCCAACCAACCUAUCCAUAUUUACACCUCAAAGAAAAAGUUACCUGUUUCCAAAUCCCGUCUUAAACGGUUACCAAAAAGCAAUAAUUUGUUGCAGACUCCUCCUGACACUGAUGCUGGGCCUAGUAAUGGGUCGAGACAUAAAACUUGA